GCGGUCCCUUCGGCUCCGAACUGACCCUGAGGAAGCCAGGGUGGUCUCCGCGGUGCUGCGGAGAUCUCCACCCAGGACGGCUCCCCCUCCCCGGGCCUCUCUCCUCUUGCCUGCGAGUCACCUCACCUCGUAGGCCUCUCGGUUCUGAUAUCGUGGGGUGAGGUAAGAGUAGGCCCGGGGAGGGUGCUUACCGCUGAGGAGCCGCAGUCGCUAUCAAGAUGAUAGAGGUACUGACAACAACUGACUCUCAGAAUCUGCUACACCAGCUGAAUGCCCUGUUGGAACAGGAGUCUAGAUGUCAGCCAAAGGUCUGCGGCUUGAGACUAAUUGAGUCUGCCCACGAUAAUGGCCUCAGAAUGACUGCCAGACUAAGGGACUUUGAAGUAAAAGAUCUUCUUAGUCUAACUCAGUUCUUUGGCUUCGACACGGAGACAUUUUCUCUAGCUGUGAAUUUACUGGACAGAUUCCUGUCUAAAAUGAAGAUAAAUGGCAGAGAUUUGACCUUCUGGCAAGAGCUCGUAUCCAAGUGUUUAACUGAAUAUUCAUCAAACAAGUGUUCCAAACCAAAUGUUCAGAAGUUGAAAUGGAUUGUUUCUGGGCGUACUGCACGGCAACUGAAGCAUAGUUACUACAGAAUAAGUCACCUCCCAACAAUUCCUGAAAUGGUUCCCUAAUUGGCAAAUUUGUUCACUGUUAUUCUCCAGAUAGAGAAAAUUUUCUAAUGCUAUAAUUUUCUGCUACAAUUGAAGAAUUAAAAUAUUAAUUGUAAUGUUUCAAAAUAAACAAAAUGGAGUUAGAAUAGCAAAGAGGAAAAUGACUUCACUGAUCUAGUAAGCUAAUAUUUGAAGUUUAUUACAUACAAGGUAUAACAAUUUAAGAGUAAGGAAUUAUGCAACCUCUGAUGUGUUAGCCAUUUCAUUAAAUUUCCAGCUUAGAAAACACAUCCUCCUUAAUAGCCUGAAUUUUAAAAGUAGCACGAGUGGUUUUUUUUUUUUUUUUUUUUUUUUUUUUCAUUGUCUAUCAUCUUAUUGUAUGUAGGCCCAAGCUCUGGCUCAUUUAAAGCUACACAAGCCAAAGUAAGACAAAAGGACCAAAAGUUUGAACCGUAUAUGAACUAAUUUGAGACUGUUAGCUUACAAACAAAAUGAAUAUGUAUUUAAAGAAAAAGUAACAUAUGGUAGAUGAUACCUACAUUGGGUGUCUGGAAACUGCCAGGGGGUGUCAACACUAUAGUUACAUGUCAUUACUGUAGAAGUUGGACUACUAUACUAGAA